AUGCAAUCCAUGCCCAUUGGGCCUGUCGAAACCGGGCAGGUGGCUUGUUGCGAAUGCGGGACUCCGAUCCCACCAAAUCCGGCCAACAUGUGCGUGGCUUGUUUGCGCAGUCGAGUGGAUAUUACCGAGGGAAUACCGAAGCAGUGUAAGUGUUUUAUUUCAUCCGAAAGUUUAGGGAGAGAGGAGGAUAAAUAUUCGAAUGGAAAUGGGUCGGUAAAACAAUAUAAAAGCGAAAGGAUAGAGAAGCGCAGUAAAUAGAGAGGGAGCUAAUGGUGUUUCGGAGGUUUCCUGAUCCAGAAUCACUCUGAGCAAAAAUUUAUAAGUAGACGUUUUAAAAUCUUAAUCCAAAUUGCCAUGGAUAAUAUAAAUUUUGGUAUAGAAGAAAGGCUACUGUUAUCAUAGGGUUUGAUUAUGAAAAUAUUGUUCAUUUGGGUCCAUUUCAGCCAAUUUGAUGCACUGCAAGUUCUGUGAGCGUUAUUUGGUACCACCUUCUACUUGGCAAGUGGCUGCUUUGGAAUCAAAAGAACUUCUAUCCUUGUGUUUGAAGAGAAUCAAGCCUCAAAUGCUGAAUGUUCGUCUUGUUGAUGCUCAGUUCAUCUGGACUGAGCCUCAUUCCAAGCGUGUCAAGGUUAAAAUGGCUGUUCAGAAAGAGGUUUUCACCAAUGCAGUUCUCCAACAAUCUUUCAUCGUCGAAUAUGUGAUUUGCGGUCAAGUAAGUGUUUUUUCGCUAGUGUUUUGACUUUUAGGAACGAAGAAGGAUGUAUAAAACGUUAGGAAAUUCUGGAAGGACUCGUAAAGGACUAUUUCUACAAGGAUUUUCCAAGUCCAACUUAUUCUUAAUAGGCGAGCGGAUAUUUUCGUACAAAAUCAAGCUAAAAAGCUUUUUGCCAAUAUUUUUUGGUUUUUUCAGGUCUGCGAAGAUUGUCACCGAGUCCAGGCCAAGGAUUAUUGGCGAGCUCUUCUUCAAAUCCGCCAGAAAUGCGAUUUCAAAAAGACCCUCUUCUAUCUAGAACAACUUCUUCUAAAAUACGAUGCCGCUUCCCAAGCAAACAACGUGAAACCUGUUCCAACUGGAAUUGACUUCUACUUUGCGAAACAACAGGAUGCCCGGAAGCUUUUGGAAUUCAUCAACACUGUUUUACCAUGCAAAUAUCAUUACAGUCAGCAGUUGAUUUCUCAGGAUGUCAAGAACAAUACUUAUGAUUACAAGCACACUUAUUGCAUUGAGAUUUGCCCAGUCACCAAGGAUUCGUUGGUCUGCUUGCCCAAGAAGUUGGCUCAGUCGUAUGGAAAUAUGUCUCAACUCUUGGUUGUCCUGAGGGUAACCAAUGUUUUGAGUCUGAUCGAUCCCACAAAUUGUCAGGUUUAUGAUGUGAACAGGUAAGAAAUAUAAUUUUUGUGGGAAUUUAGAAAAGUUUGACGUUGUUUCAGGCAAAAAAAAAUGACCUUGUUUUAGGUAAAAUUUUAUGUAUUUUUUUCAGUUUGACUUUCUUCAAAGAGCCAUUCGAAAUGUUCCUGGGACCAAAGAACAUGGUCGAAUUUUAUGUUGUCGAAGUGGAAAAUGUGAAUGAAAUCAAACGCAGUAAAGGGCACGGGCAUGUUUCACAUAAACAUCAACUGGUUGAAUUGUUUGUAUGUCGCGCAAAUGAAGUUGGCGAACCGGAGGCACAUUUGUACUCCACUAAAAGUCAUCUAGGAAAAAUGCUGAAGCCUGGAGACACUGUAAUGGGUAGGUAUUUCAAACAUUUUGAUUUGAUUUUUAGGAUACGAUUUGCUCAACACGAAUGUGAACAAUCCCACGUUCGAUAACAUGAAGGAUCAUGAGAAACCGGACUGUAUUUUGGUCAGAAAAUGCUACGAUCGGGAGCUGAGACAUCGUAAACGAAACUGGAAAUUGAAGAGAUUAAUCGACCAAGGAGACUCGGCUAGUGUUGAAAAUGAGUUCCAGGUUCGUCUAGCGGAAAAUUUUAAUACUAGCAGAUACUUUUGGGAUGGUUUUGGAUACUUUUUGACGUUUUUUUAAACUAUGGUUCAAAAAUUUUUUUUUUACUUAAAUAUUUUUCAGCGCUUCAUCGAGGACUUGGAAGAAGAUGAACAUCUCCGAGAGAAGGUCAAUCUCUACCGUGAUCCCACCAAGAAACUCGCUCCAGAAUCCGAAAUCGACCCGGCUGACAUACCAGAAGGCACUCAACUCGCGGAUUUGCUGGAAGAAAUGGACAUUGCUGAUGUUGAAAUGGCGGAAAGCUAG